AUGGAUCGUUCCAGCUCGCCAACCCCUUCGAAUCAAGAUGCAGUGAACGCCAAAAGCUCCUCGUUUGAUAAAUUGCCGCAGAAUUACAGACUCGUUUACGAUCCAGAACUUGACCAGAGUGCAAUUAAGGGUGCUCAUCCGAUACGACGCUAUGAGAAUGAAGUGGCAUCAGGCACACCUCGAGAUCCACGUGCAAGUGUUCUUGGCUAUGGCAAAACGACGUCAAGAGGUAGUCGAAAAUACAGGAGCAAACUAAAGAAGAUUGAGUAUACGACUACUACCACCACCACCACAGCAACAACAACAACGACAGCUACCAACAGCCAUCGCAGCACAUCAUCUGAACGAUCUCAUACACAACAAGCGGCAGCAACUGUGAUUGUAUCCAAUUUAUCACCAUUAACGACUGAAUCGCAAGUGGCUACCUAUUUUUCCAUUUAUGGCCAAGUGGUGUUUGUCGAGAUUGAAAAGUGCGCGACUACGGGUGGAUCUUUGGGUAUCGCCAAGGUCAUAUUUGCAUCUGAGCAUGGAUCCUCAUCGGCACGACAAGCUGUUGACAAGGGCAAUGGACGUAAAAUGGGUGCGUCAGGGCCCGUGCGCGUAGAGUUGGAUCCAAGUGGUGAGAAAUUGAAAGCAGCGGUUGCACGGACACAAUCAAAAACAUCAGACAAAGAUGUUGGAGAACCACGAUCCUCUUCUUCGUCAUCCUCUUCAGCACGUCCCUCAUCAACAGCAGCAUUAAUCGACAAUCAAAAUCAUCAUGAAGAAGGCGAAGUAUUGGAGGAUGAAGUGCCUCGAUGGUCAUCAUCAUCAUCAUCAUCACGACAUGAUAAAAGGCCGGCAUCAUCAUCAUCGUCAUCACAUUACCAUCAUCACCAUCACCAUCGAAUGCCACCACGUGAUUAUCGAUAUGAUGACAGAGAAGAUCGACGCUAUCCACCACCACCACCACCACCUUCUCGUAGUAUGUCAAGUCAAGGUCCACCACCGCCACCCAUGUAUAUGUCGUCUUCACGUUAUCCACCACGUCCACCACCACCACCUCCACGACAUAUAGAAGCUGAUCGCUAUGGUCCACCACGUCGUCCACCAGGUCGUUGGAAUAGAGAUGCACAUAGCCCAUCACCAGGUCCACGUUAUCGCAGCCGCAGCCGUAGUCGAAGUCGUAGUAUGAGUCGUGAACCACCACCACAUCCACCACCUCCACCAGGUUAUUAUCUACCACCACAUGAUCGUCCUAGUAGUCGUUGGGGAGGUGAUCCUGAUUGGGAACGUGACCGUCAACGUCGUAGAAGUGAAUACCGUGCACCAUCCGAUGAUAGAAGACGUGAUGAUUAUCGCCGUUCAAGUGGAAAUGUCGAACAUCAGCCAUCACUCACCAUUUCACGUAAAUGCUUACCGUUCAUGCGUGGUGUUCUCGAAGAUUUACGAAAGCUGUUUUAUUAUUACAAUUGCGUGGAUAUUUACCAUGAUGCGGAUGAUUGGUUUGUAGUAUUCGAUUCUGUAAGCGCAGCCAAACGAGCCAUGACAGCAGCCAAUGGACAACAAGUAAUGGGCCAUACAUUGGCAAUCACCUUGCAUGAUCCAAAGGCAACACCCUCUUCAGCAUCUACAAGUAGUAGCAGUACCAUACCUGCACGUGAUCAACCACCAUCCUCCAUUACCGAACCAUCACUUGCAUCGGAUCAUAAACAACCUUCGCCAACAAAGGAACCUGCACGUGAUCUUCCUAUCAGCGAACAAGCCAAGCAAUUGCUCUUACAACAAUUGGCAGAUGUAUUUUUAAAGGAUCUCAAAAAUCGUGUGGUGGGUCCUGCUAUCACUGAUUUCCAAGCAAAGAGAGCAGCUGCAGCACAUCAGCAAGCCAAUAUGACUUCUUCAUCAUCAGCUCCUUCGACCACUAUUGCCGCCACCACUACUACUACAACAGAUACAGCGGAUACAAUCGUUGCGAAUGAGAUGAAAUCUGAAGAAGGUGUCGAGGCUGCUUUACCAUCACUCAGCAAACUUCCUCGAUUCAAAAAGAGAACGACGACGACAACAACAACCAAUGAAAGCGACAAACCAUCCUUGGGUAUUGUGAAGAAGGAAGAACGACCACGACGUUUGCGUGAUUACUUGAGCGAUAUGAGUGAUGAGGCGCCAUCACCAGCACCAGUGGAACAGCAUACUACAACCACCACCAGUGAUGAUGAUGACUAUGAACAACGUCCCCCGACAUCAGAGGUUGCCAUGGAUGAGGAUGAAGUAAAUGAAGAGGAUGAGGAAGAAGAAGAGAUGAUUGUGAAACGACCCUCUCACAAACGACGAAUUGAUGUAUUCGAAGAGGACGAGGAAGAAUCUGAACCAGAGAUCAAAGCGAAGCCACGUGCCAAGCCUCGACGAUUGCGUGAUUAUCUCAGUGAUGAUGAAAGUGAAGAAGUGGACAAUGAUCAUCAUGCAGCAUUUUUACAGCAAUUACAACGAUCUCAACAUGAUGAAGAGGAAAGUGACGAUGAGGAAGAUGUAUCUCAACAAAAGGUGAUCGUUGCUGAAAAGGAUGGAGAUGAGGAUCGAGAUGUGGAUGUGGCUGGUACACCCGAUUCGCUCGAGGAGGAAAUCACACAAGCAUUGCUCAGCAAUAACAACAACAAACAAAGCAAGAAACGUGCACGUGUGGAAGAAGAAGAAUACGAAUCCGAAGAAGAAAUCAUGAUUCCAUUACCCAAGAUGAAACGAAGAAAACGUCCUGGAAGACCUAAAAAGGCGACGACUGACAAAGCAGCAGCAGCCAUAGCAGCAGCAGCAGCAGCUUCGGCAGCAUCCACUUUGACCAAAACUCCAGAGGAGAUUGAGGAAGAAAAGCGUGCUGAAGAAGAGGCUGAGCGAAAGAGAGAACAAGCACAACGUGACAAGGAGGAAUAUGAACGGCAAUUGUUGGCAACGGAUGAAUCGGACCUUGAGGAACUUGGCACCCCCGAAGAUAAUGGAGGCUCCGUACCACCACUACCACAAUGGGAUCCCUUCCAACAAGUACAAGAUAGCGAGGAUUACGAGUUUUUGCGAUUGGCUAUACUAGAAAAGGUGGCACCUCAGGAAGCAGCAGAUGCCAUUGUCAUCAUGGAGAAAGAAAAGAGUGGCAACAAUGUACCUGCAGGAUGUGCACGUGCCCGUGGAUACUAUGUCAUCCCCGAAUCGGAAAAGGCAACUUAUCUCCCGAGGAACAAGGCUGUAUUUGACAACACGAGCAGCAACACACCUACUUCAGGACGCAUGACUUCACGUACCAAUCGAGUCAACAAUCGACGCCUUGUCGCUGGAAUGGAUAUGCACAAGAAAUCCAUGGUCGAUUCCGAUAUUCUCAAGUUCAAUCAGCUCAAGAAUCGUAAAAAGCAACUACGAUUUGCCAAGUCGCCUAUUCACGAUUGGGGUCUGUUUGCUGAAGAACACAUUGAUGCCAAUGAUAUGGUGAUUGAAUACGUUGGAGAAAUGAUUCGACAACAAGUGGCUGAAGAACGUGAGAAACGAUACGAACGCUGCGGCAUUGGUAGCAGUUAUCUCUUCCGCGUGGACGAUGAUACCGUCAUUGAUGCAACCAAAAAGGGAAACAUUGCCCGGUUCAUUAACCAUUGUUGUUCGCCCAAUUGCAGUGCCAAGAUCAUUGCCGUUGACAAGCAAAAGAAAAUUGUCAUUUAUGCCAAUCGUGAUAUCGAACCUGGAGAAGAAAUCACAUACGACUACAAGUUCCCCAUCGAGGCGGACAAGAUACCCUGUCUAUGUGGUAGCAAAUUCUGCAAGGGAACGCUUAAUUGA